CGAAACUGAGGGUGUUCCAUCGACGGCCAUUCGGGAGAUUUCACUACUCAAGGAUUUAACGCACAAUAACAUUGUGCGACUAUAUGAUAUUGUAGUGGCGGAUUCCAGCUUGUACAUGGUGUUCGAGUAUUUGAAUAUGGACCUGAAGAAGUUAAUGGACAAGAAAAAGGAUGCUUUCACGCCUAAACUUGUAAAGAGCUACAUGCAUCAACUUUUUGAUGCCAUUUGUUUCUGCCAUACGAAUCGAAUUUUACAUCGAGAUCUCAAACCACAAAAUUUACUAGUCGAUAGCGUUGGUAACAUUAAGUUGGCAGAUUUUGGACUGGCGCGUGCCUUCAAUAUGCCAAUGCGCGCCUAUACACACGAGGUCGUUACGCUCUGGUACCGCGCACCUGAAAUACUAUUAGGCACCAAAUAUUAUGCGACAGGCAUGGAUAUAUGGAGUUUAGGUUGCAUAUUUGCUGAAAUGAUUAUGAAGCGUUCACUCUUUCCUGGUGAUAGCGAAAUCGACCAGUUAUACCGAAUAUUUCGCACAUUGGGUACACCUGAUGAAAAUACUUGGCCUGGUGUUAGUCAAUUACCAGAUUACAAGGCUAAAUUUCCUAGAUGGGAGAAAACUAAUAUACCAGACGUUAUUUUGAAGCACGAAGGUUAUGAUCUCUUUAAGGUUAUGAUGCUGUACGAACCCAAUGAACGCAUAUCAGCUAAAAAUGCAAUGACGCAUCCCUACUUCGAUGAUGUAGAGCAUGUGGAUUAUGUAGUACUGCCAGUUGACACUCCUUAGGUGCUCUUUGCUUUGAAUUGUUCUUUAUUUU